AUGCCUGUAUUUGGCUUGAAGUUCAAGUUUGAAUGGCUAGAGCGCUUGACCGCAAAGUCCAUGAACACCUUCCUGUUUUUUGCCUUUUUGCUUGCAAACAUCGUUCGUUGUCAAGAGGUAUCAAAUCUUCAGGUCGUUUCACUCGAGUCGGCGAGUGAGCGGACAUUGGUGGAAGCCACAGCAUGUGAAGACAGGAAUUGGCAAUGCUAUGGCUGGUCCAAGCUCGGAUAUUGUGCCACAAAUGCUGGAUACAUGAACUCGAACUGCCGAAAGAGCUGCAAUAAAUGUGGCGGCGGUGGCAGGCCAAGCUGCAAAGGCCUGAAUCAGCCAUGCUGGGUCAACGCGCAGUGCUGCAGUGCUCGGUGCCACCCGAACACCUACCACUGCCGGCCGGUGGGACGAUAG